CUCAAGGAUAGAAAACUCGUAAAGAUUCGAGGUAAAAUGGCGGAAGACUGAGCAGGACUUGGGAAUGACUAGUUUCCAGCUUUUCUCGAUUGUGAAGAUGGCCUGGUGGCUUAGGCACGCUAAAGUCAAAAUGGCGGAGGACUGAUUGAUUCAAUAUUUAUUACUUCUAUGUUAUGAUUUGUGGUCGUGUUCGUGUUAAAGCAUGUUUCUAACGACAAAAUUUAGCCCUAAAAAGUUCGUGUUGCUUUCUUUUCUCCUCGCUUUUCUUGGAUUGAUGUGGAUGUUAAAUCAGCGUUGCAAAGACUUGGACAGUUCCAGUGAUGUGAUAGAAAAAAUUAACCUCAUCCACCAAAGACUGAUAAAGAGAGAACUUAUGAUGCAGCAGAAGGAAGAAGAAAUCAACAAGAAACUAAAGAUUCUAGGAAUUACUAAAUUUAACAGUUCUUACAAGGAAGGCUUUACUGAAAUGCCGACAGUUUAUGUUAUUACUCCCACUUACAAAAGACACACACAGAAAGCAGACUUGACAAGACUUUCGCAAACGCUUUUACAUGUUCCAAGACUCCAUUGGAUAAUAGUUGAAGACUCUGAGGAGAAAACUGGUCUUGUCACCCGUUUCUUGGAAAACUGUAGCAUUAGUUACACACAUCUUGCAGUUAAAACCCAGAAAAAACUUAUAACUAAAGAAGGUGAACCUAGAUGGCUAAAAUCGAGAGGAGCUGAUCAGAGAAAUUUAGGCCUUAAAUGGAUCAGGGAACAUUUUAGAAGAGACAUGAAAGGUGUUGUUUAUUUUGGAGAUGAUGAUAACACCUAUGAUGUGAGAAUAUUUGAACAGAUGCGUUACACAAAGAGGAUAUCUGUGUGGCCCGUCGGACUAGUGGGAGGCUUGAGGUGGGAAGGGCCAAUCUGCGAAAAUGGCGUUGUGGUUAAGUUUUACACAGCCUGGAAACCUCAACGCCCCAUGCCUGUAGACAUGGCGGGCUUUGCUAUAAACGCCAAACUGUUCAUCGAUAAUCCAGAAGUAGAAAUGGAUCCGCUUGCUAACAGAGGCUAUCUGGAGUCCUCCAUUAUCAGCAAACUGGCCAAGAGAGAUGAGUUUGAACCACUGGCGGAUAAUUGUAAACAGAUUCUCGUGUGGCACACGCAAACAGCCGACCCCAAAAUGAAACAAGAAGAUAAUAUGAGGAAAGCUGGGCGCGAGCCUGACCAGUCUAUGGAGGUCUAAAGCCCAAUCCGACUUUUGACCUGGUCUUCCAGUCGUAUUUGUAUAUUCAAUUGCUGUCAGAGCCUUUCUGACUUGCGUCCACCAGUUUGCGUUACUGAAGCGUUCUGUCAGACUAAUUCCACUUCACUUUAAAGUAUGAAAACACAUACAAGCUCUACAGUCAACUGACCCUCUCUGACUAAAGGUUGGCGUCAAAACGAACGGGUUUUGAAUUUACUUGUCCACCGACCAGGCAGAAUAGUUUUUUUUUUUAACCAUCUCAACUUGCCCUUUUUACUUUGUCCUUUUUAAUUUAACUUUUUUAGCUGUAGACCGGUGUACAUAAACUUACUCUCAACUUGCUCUUCUUUACGAGCGGACACUCGAAACCUUAUUCACAGUUUUAAAUCGUAUUUGUUCGAUAGCCAGGUGAAUUGGCCCGUGCAUACUAUUUCCAAUGCUGUGCUGAAGAUGUUAAUUUUUAUCUCUUCAACUAUUUGUUUGACCCGAGCUUAAAACGUUCGGUCGAUUUUUUUCUCUCCUCUCAGUCCUCGAUGUACGAACGCCAGUAACCCCUUAUUAUACCAUAUAGUUUAAUACUCUGACUUUGUUUGUGUUAUACGGUGGAUAUUUAGGGAUAAAACUCAAUAACGGAUAAGUAUGAAUUAACUAUCUAGUAGGUAAAUAUUUAUCGUUUCAAAUAGAAACAAAUUUAGGCGCUAUUAAAUAGCACAGAUAUUUUAAAAUAGGGUUAUUUAGAUUUUUAAGCAAACCCACCGUGGUACUCAAUUGUUUGGUUGCGGUAACCAUCUGUGCGUGGUUCUUGUAUUUUCCGAUGCUCUCAAGCUUUUUGUGUGGGAUACCUGUGGUAUCCCACACUAUUGUCAUUGGCUCGUGUCCGUUAAUGCAAAUGAGUUGCAAAGAUUGCAUUGCACUCUGGAUUCACGUAUCCCACAAAUGUACCCUUUGGGUAUCUUUUUUUUGUGGUACCGUGAUGCAGUAAAAAAGUUAUUCCGCAGGGCGGGGUUCAACUACUUCCAUGCCUAGUGGCUCAUAAGCAAGGAGUUGAAAUUCUAUUUUUGUUACAUGAGUUGACUGCGUGCCUUUGCGAUUUUUGAGCCGAUCUUUUUUUCUCGAACUGGAAGAAAAAACGAAUAAAAGAAGAAAAUGAAGUGAUAUUCA